AUGUGUGAAUUACGCGGAUUUUCUAUUCUUCGUCCAAGUGUUGAUUUGGAAACUAUAGAGGAGGAACCCGAUGAUUAUGUCUCCCAGCAUUCACGUAAUGCCCGUUCUUUAAAGAAUGGCCUUGAGGGUGGGCAUUUUCGUGACAACAUUCGCCAGAAUGUUUAUCAACAGGAAAAUGGAGGACAAAAUAGCCAGACAAAUACGAUUACUACUUACGCAACUCAAAAUUCGGAUGGUUUCGACACAAACAGUCUAAAUUAUCUGAAUUGGAAUCGAGGUGGAGGGCGUGCCGGCAGCACAAAAUCCAUAAAGAGUGGCAUUAGAAAUACUCGAUAUAGAGGACUUGGAUAUGGAAGUGGUACAAUUGGGACACAUAUUACUGGUGGAACGUCAACGGCAGGAACAUUGAAUGGAACGAGAUAUUUUGGCGAUUCUUGGAAGUCUUUGGACAAAUGGGACCAAAAUUAUUAUUUCAACACGUAUGGACCACCGAGGGAAGAUCCAAUCUCUUUGUAUCAAUGGAGUAACAGUAAAAAUUAUGGAGAUGCUAUACGCCGACAUGUUAGUCAAUUAGAAAAGGAUGAAAAACGGAAAAGACGUCAGAAAAUUUGUUGCCUUCUCUGCUGCUGUUUCCGUUGCUGUUUUUCUUGCAAAAAGUCGCCUCCACCACAAAAUCCUCGCCCAACGCUCAAAGGUUGUCGUCAAUUGAAUUGGAAUUAA